AUGAGGAAAGACAGGGAUAACCCUCUGGCACUGUCAUCCAAGAAACCGUGCCAGAGCCAGACGGACUAUGGACGAGAGCUCGAGAGGCUGCGUGCUGACUUGGAAGCGGAGAAGAAUCGAACACAGCAGGCCUGCGGACACCUCUGUGUGGAGCUAAGGCGCCUGCGAGAAGAAGCAGAGAGGGAACAGCAGAGGGCCGUGAAGGAGCUGACGUCUAGGCGUGGGUCCCAAAAGGACAGGCAGUCUAACAGACGCUGGCGUUUGCUGGCUAAGGAGGUGGACAUUAAAGACGCUGGACGAUACAGCUGGGACGACCAGCCCCCCUGCUGCACUGAGUCCUCCGGGUCAGAUGAGUCAUCGCCCCCCAAAUGCAUGGACAGAAACAUGGAGCCCGAGCCUGCGCCGGCACCCGCAGAGAUGGAGAGCCGCGAGGAGGCCGAAGCUCCCGGACGACAACAGCCGGAGUUCAGGAGGUCGGAAGAGCAGGUUAAUACCCAACAUGGGCUCUUGGACAAGGCGGUCCCGACCACGGCUAAUGUCACUUCAACAUCAUUGCUAGGAAAGAGGCACCACUCGCUGUAUGCAAACCUCAAUGGUUUUGAAGUGGAAGGGAUACGUAAGAAUGGUACUGACUACGGGUUCCUGGUACGUCAGAACUCUGAACUCUUGCGAGCCCUUGAUGAGCUGGAGAAGACUUGCACCACACUGAGGGAGGAGAAUGGCCUGCUGCGGAAGAGCAGCGCCCCAGAGACAGAGGAGAAGGUCAGGCGGCUGAGGAGGAAGAACACAGAGCUGGCUGUUCUUGCAAAGAGGCUUGAAGAGAGAGCUCGAAAACUGCAGGAGGCCAACCUCAGAGUGAAUUCCCCGUCACUGAUGAGACCCGGCUCAGUGGAACAGUACAAGAGGGCGUUUGCCCGUCAGCGAGCUCGCGACCUCGCCCAGCACGCUGAUGCACUGUUGUCUAAGGACAAAGAGAUCGCUGCCCUACAGCAGGAGUGCAGAGAGCUAGAGGCACGACUGGGAACCACGAAGGGCUCCCCGGUUCCAUCUGGCAGAGUGGAAUUCGAGAGGCUUCUCAGGGAGUCUCAGAGGGAGGUGCUGCGGCUCCAGAGGCAGCUGUCCGUCACGUCGUCCACCCAGCAGCACAACCAUAGUCCCGACCCCAGUGGCCCCGAGAAGUGCGGCGAAACUGAGAGGGAGGAGGGGCAGGAGAAGGUUGUAGGAGAGACCCCGUGUGUGGCAUUAGAUGAAGCUCCAUCCAGGUGUGAGAGGACUCCCGGAGAGGAGGAGGAGUCGGGGCAGCGAGUGACGCCCUCACCGGGCCUCAGCCCGACCCCCUCCCAUCAGGAGGAACACACAGAGGAGCAGCGCCUACAGUUUCUGGAAAGCGAGCUGAGCAAGAAGAGAAAAGAAUGUGAAAACCUUGAGCAUGAAGUAAAGAAGCGACAGAAGAGAUGUCUGGAUUUGGAGAGCCAGCUUGAGGAUGAGCGAGGCAAAAAUGAGCAACUAAAGGAGGAGGCAGAUCUCCUCAGGAGGAAGGCACAGCUGCUCGACCAGACUCGGGCUGAGAAUGAGGAGCUGAGGGAAGAUCUCUCUGAAGUGACCGCUCAACACAAUUCAGUUCUCGAGGAGAACCAGAGACUCCGUGCCAAACUGGAGAACCUAGAGCAGGUCCUAAAGCAUAUGCGAGAGGUCGCCGAGCGAAGGCAGCAGCUGGAAUUGGAACAUGAGCAGGCACUGGCUAUCCUUAAGUUCAAACAGGAUGAAAUCAAACGGUUACAGCGGGCUCAGUUAUUCGCCAAGAGGGAGCAUGAAGGAGUGGUUCAGAUGCUGGAGAGUACACUGGACUGCAUGCAGUCAAAAGUGCGAGAGCUGGAGGAGAAAUGUCGCAGCCAGAGCGAACAGUUCGGCUUGCUGUCCCAAGAGUUGGAGAAGUUUCGACUGCAGGCCUCAAAGGUGGACCUGGCCGGCUCUAGCAUCCUCAACAAUCCCAGCCUCUCUGUUCUGACCAAUGGGGUGGGCCUGACUACAGAGCGAGAUGUGGCCGCUGCUCUGCGGAUGGGGGCCACCCCCCACGCCGCUGGGCUGUCCAGGGUGGAGCGCUCGCCCGUCACCAAGCACCGAGAGCUGCCCACCAUCAGCGUCAGCAAGUCAGGCUCUUCCUCCAGCAAGUCAGAGACCACACACCUCACCCCCAAGUCUGACACCCACCUCAGUCCGCACAAAUCAAGCCCAACACAUGAGGUGGACACUGCCAGUGAAGUAGAGGAGCUCGACAUUGACGUGGCCCCGGCACCUUACACGGCGAGCAGAGGAGCCGCGAAGCUUCAGGUUUUCAUUGCAAGAUAUAGUUAUAAUCCUUAUGAUGGUCCCAACGACAACCCUGAGGUGGAGCUGCCACUUACUGCUGGAGAAUACAUCUAUGUGUAUGGAGACAUGGAUGAUGAUGGCUUCUAUGAAGGUGAGCUGAUGGACGGACGGAGAGGGCUGGUCCCCUCUAACUUUGUAGAACGUGUAUCGGAUGAUGACGUCAUGAGCACUCACCAUCCAGAGACAGGGGACAUGUCCCAUAACUCCCUGCUAGACAGCAGCCUGCACAGUGCCAGCCACCAGCAUCACCUCCACGUAGGCGCCAGCGCCUCAGAAGUGACAGAGGCCUCCGCUGCCUCUGGCCCUGCCUCAGCCCCCUCGGAUUCAGCAUCGGCCUUGGCUGUCCCAGCCCCCCUCACCAACGGCCUGGACUUGGAUUUGGAGGAGGUGGGAGUGGACAUUGUGCCUUACCCACGUAAGCUCACCCUCAUCAAGCAGCUUGCCAAGAGCAUCAUCAUUGGCUGGGACCCUCCGCUGGUGCCGGCUGGGUGGGGCAAUGUGUGGAGCUAUAAUGUGUACGUGGACCAGGAGCUGCGGUUCAAUGUGCCCUUCGGUGCCCAAACCAAAGCAGUGCUGGAGCGGCUGGACAUAAACCUCAAGGCCUACCGCGUGUCAGUGCAGAGCCUGACAGAGAAGGGCCUCUCGGACCAGCUGCGCUGCAGCAUGCUGGUCGGUCGGGACGUUUGUGUGGCGCCCACGCAGCUGCGCGUGGAGAGGAUCACCGCCACCUCUGCCAACCUGACCUGGCUGCCCAGCAAUAGUAACUAUGUGCACAUUGUGUCCUUGAAUGAGGAGGAGUGUGAGCUGGUGAAGGCUGGCUGCUACUCGCUGUGCCUCAAUAACCUCUUGCCCAGCCUGCAGUACACAGUCAAAGUGGAGGCACGGCCGCACCGCACACCAUGGGAGUUACCUGUGGAGCGACGUGAACACAGAAGCACUACAAUCACCUUCACCACGCUGAUGGCAGGUCCCCCUGAUGCUCCUCUGGAUGUGCAGCUGGAGCACGGCCCCUCUCCGGGGAUCGCCCUCAUCAGCUGGCUGCCGGUCACUAUAGAUGCUGCCGGGACCUCCAAUGGAGUGCGUGUCACUGGAUACACGAUAUACGCUGAUAAGAAAAAGGUGCUGGAGGUGUCUUCCCCAACAGCCGGCAGCGCUCUGCUGGGCCCCUCUCAGAUCCAGUCCCUGCAGGCAGCUCAGGAGCUCACUGUCCGCACCAUGUCCGCCCAUGGGGAGUCCUGUGACUCUUUGCCAGUCAAUGUGCCCUCCAAGCUGGGUGCCAUCAUGGCAGGCCCAGCUAUCACCGCCCCAGUUGUGCCACCCCCCCUACCCUGCAGCCCAAUAGGUCCCAGUAACAUGCCCUCACCGCCGUCCUACAUAAACUCUGCUGCCAAAGUCUCCAUGCUGCCCAGCACUUUGCCACCAGACACACACAACACUGGCCUCACAGUGGAGGCUGCUGCCAACCCUCCUCAUGCUCUCCACUCAGAAGGUCUUCUCUCAUCUGCCUCAUAUGUGAAGGCCUGGGCCAACCCCUCAUCUGCUGCUGCCUUGGCUGUGUGUGAGGCCACAUUACCAGGUGCCCCCACCAUCACUCCAAUGGUUGAUGUGACCUCCCCCACCGCUUCAGCACCCCAACCAUCUCCAGUAGCAGCACCUGCACCGGCACCGGCAGCAGCAGCAGCAGCAGCAGCAGUGUCGGAGCCCCACAGAGACACCGACAGCCCUGGAACGAUACGUCCUUUCCCAUCCAUCACAGACUUCAUCGAGGACCCCAGUGCCAAGCUCGGGACCCCUGAGCGCAUCCCUACCCCGCCCAAAGCCCCGAUCACAGACCUCCUUAACCCUCAGGAAACUAACCUCCACCGACCCCCCAGCACCUCCCCGCUGGAGUCAGAGGUAGAGGAGGAGCGAGAGAAUACCCGCCUGGUGUCCAUCGAAGAGUUCUUGAGACAGGACCAGGAGCCGGCGUACUGCGGGAGGCAGCAGAGUUAUGGCAGAGGGCUUGUGGAGCCUCCCAGUGACUACCAUGCAGACAACAGCCGAUCAGACCUGUCUGACAUCCUGGAGGAGGAGGAGGAGGACCUCUACUCCGACCACCUCGGAGAAGUCCAGGCCAGGGGAUACAGAGUUGGAGCUAACAGGUCAUGCAAGAUGGAGCCUCCAGACAGUGAUGAGGAGGUUCUUGAGCGGAUCCUUAAGUUGCCCCCUCAGGUCUACCACAGCAAGCAGCUGUUCAGCAUCCCCGAGGUGACGGAGGAGGAAGACAGCAGUCAAGAAGAGCCUUUAAGCCACCGCAGGCCCAGGCAUAGCCACCUUCACCCCAGAGACUCAGAGCGCCUCCAUCAUGUCCCCCAGCAUCACCAACAUCACUCCAACCCCAACCCACACCCACACGUUCCCCAGCACCAUCACCACUUCAACAGGGAUCCCAGAUCCCUAACCAAAGAGCCUUUACCCAGACACGGACCCUUGCAGGUCAAGCCUAAGACGCAGCACAGGGUGCACUACGCAGACACAGUGGACACCAUCAGUUAUCCUGAAGAAGACAUGAGUUUAUAUGAGGGUCCCAGCAGCAGGCGGGUCUCAGCCCGCUGUCCUCCCCAGCCGACCCCCAACAGAGGAGACAGAGUACUGCUCAGAGGGCUAGGGGACCGCCUUAGGAGGGAGGCCAUGCUGAGGAGUCAGAUGGCUGUCGCCGCGGCAGCCAGCCUCAGCCAUGGCCCUACCCCGCCAAGACCCUACCCGGUCAGCAAAACAGUACGGACUCUGAGGGCACCUGUUGGUCGUGGGGUGGAGAUCGACGUGGAGUACGGCACAGAUGAUAACGAGGAGCCCGCGGAGUACAGUCCUGGGGAGGUGGUGGUGGAGCAGAUGAGCUCUGAGUGGUGGGUGGAGGGGGCUCAGACGGAGCACUGCAGGCCUCCUCACCGCCGAGGCCUAAAGGUCGAUCCAGUGGAGCCCGGCCAAAUCCCUCCUGCUGAGGCAGGUCCAUCGUGGGGAGGCCAGGCUGAGCUCUCUUCUAAACCAGUGUGCUUGCAGGCCAGGCAACUCAAAGGUGGUGUUGAUUCACCAAAGAUGAAAGGAGACAGUGACAUACGCAUCUUUGUGGCCCUCUUCCCUUAUGAUCCCAUCACCAUGUCGCCCAAUCCUGACGCUGCUGAGGAGGAGCUGCCCUUCACUGAAGGACAGAUCAUCAAAGUUUACGGAGAUAAAGACGCAGACGGGUUUUACCAGGGGGAGUCGGGUGGUCGUCUGGGCUACGUGCCAUGUAACAUGGUGUCUGAGAUUCAGGUGGAGGAUGAGGAGACCCGGCAGCAGCUGCUGCAGCAGGGCUUCUUGUCCACAGCGGCCUCCAUGGAGAAGAUAGGCACUCGCACACACGCACAGCUUCCACGUCGCCCUGUUCCACCGCCGAAACCGAGACGAUCCAAGAAAGUGGAGUCUGCAGCACUCUGGGAGGAGAGCGUAGACUCCUCCGGCCAAGAUCCCAGCCAGGCAGCUGCUGCUGCAGCGACUGCGGCUGCUGCGGCGGCCGCUGCGGCUGCGGCACCUGCAGGUAACCCCGCCCCAGGAGCUCGCAGGAUGGUCGCCAUCUUUGAUUAUGACCCACGAGAGAGCUCCCCCAACACUGACAUAGAGGCUGAGCUGACCUUCAGUGCAGGAGACAUCAUACAUGUGUUUGGUGACAUGGACGAAGAUGGCUUCUUCUACGGAGACUUGAAUGGACACAGAGGCUUAGUGCCCUCCAACUUCCUGCAGGCGUUACCAGAGGAAGCUCCAGCAGAACUUGUCUCCGCUCCGCCUCCACCAGAACCCAAGAAGGAAUCACAGGAUCCUGGGACGUCGUCUACAGAGCCACAACAUCCCCAACGCUCAGCAACAGAAGAAUCUUUGCACGCCCGAACAGAACCUCCUCUCCCUGACCCAACAGAGCACACACACCUAGCACCCAAACUGGCACCCACUGCAAGCCCCGCAUCAGCCCUGGACCCUGCUCCGGGUCCAGCUGUUUCUCCAGCUGCAGUGGAGGCCUGCGGCUCCCCUCCAGCCCCCCUCCCAGCAGACAGCCCCACAAAGACAGACUGCUCUGCACAAGGCAAGAAGAAGAAAGGCUUUUUCUCCAAAGGCAAGAAGCUGUUCAAAAAGCUGGGAUCCAGCAAGAAAGAGUGAGAGUCGGGACUUCUGCCUCAGGAUCCUGGCGUCACAUUGAAAGCACUUUUUCUAUCACUGUUAGUCUCAGUUGGUAGUUGGUGCAGUUAGUGUUUAUGAGAUCUAAUACCUGAUGAGUUAACUGUUAGUAAUUAUACAUUUGCCUUAGAGCACUGCUAGACCAGCUGUUAAAUAUAGUACUCUCAAAUAUCAACAUUCAGCUUACGGCAUGUAGAGGUGCAUGUUGACAUGUGCAAACUCACACAUAUACUCUCUGAAUACUUCCUGAUUAUCUAAGAUUUCCCACUCAUUAGAGGCUUCAGUGCUUGAUCAGAUUUAUGUAGAACAGUCUGGUACAAAAUGAUGCUGAACAGCAGCUCCAGACUUCAGCCCAACUCAGACACAGCUAAUUAAGUAUUAGCUUUAAUGCUCAUGUACUGGUGCCACUUUAUUUAUCUGAAGCAAACGAAUAGAAGCUGCAGUCUAUCUC